CAGACACGGGGCAACAGUUCUAUAUAAGUCGCUAGACCAGAGGUGAGUGUUUUUAUUCCUUUCACUUACCAAGGCAAAAGAAGCAUUUCGAGAAACGACCAAAGCGAGUUCUCUGCCAAAAACAGAAUUUAUCCCAAAAAGCAAGCGCAGUGUACUUCAAACCAUGGCACCUAUUCUGUUCAACACCAUUGGGACGGAUCACGGCGAUUAUAUUGAACAGGAAGAGGUCCACGUGAAAAAUCCCCAUCUAGACUCCAUGGAGGAAGACAUUCUCUAUCAUUUCGACCUGGGAACCAAGACUCACAACUUGCCGGAGAUGUUCGGCGAUAUAAAAUUUGUGUGCGUCGGUGGCAGUGGCAACCGGAUGAAGUCCUUCGCCCAGUUCAUCCACCGGGAACUGGGGCUGCCCGGGGACAUGGACGACAUCAGGGACAUCUGCGCUGGGACUGACCGUUACUCCAUGUACAAAGCGGGACCCGUGCUCUCCGUCAGCCAUGGUAUGGGGGUGCCCUCCAUGUCCAUCAUGCUCCACGAGCUGAUCAAGCUCCUGCACCACGCCCGCUGCCGUGAUGUCAUCCUGUUCCGCAUAGGCACGUCCGGAGGAGUGGGCUUGGCCCCCGGGACGGUGGUGGUCACCAAGCAGGCGAUGGACUCCUUCCUCCAGCCGCAGUUUGAGCAGGUGGUGCUGGGGAAGGUGAUCGUCCGGAGCACGGACCUGGACCAGGGCCUGGCCGAGGAGCUUCUCUCCUGCGCCGCAGAGAUCCCCGACCUGCCCACCGUCAUCGGCAACACCAUGUGCACCCACGACUUCUACGAAGGCCAGGGUCGGCUGGAUGGGGCGCUGUGCUCCUUCUCGACGGAGGAGAAGCUGGAGUACCUGCACAGGGCGUACGACGCCGGAGUCAGGAACAUCGAGAUGGAGUCCACCGUCUUCGCUGCCAUGUGCCACGCCUGCGGCCUCAAAGCUGCGGUGGUCUGUGUGACUCUGCUGAAUCGCUUUGAGGGAGACCAGAUCAACAGCCCUCACAGGGUCAUGCUGGACUACCAACAGAGGCCCCAGCUUCUGGUCUCUCACCUCAUUAAGAAACGCCUCGGGCUCAUCCAAUAGCAUCGCUGCCGGCCUAGCCCCACGCACACACCCCCUGCCCUGCACGUGUUCUUCUUUGUAUAUAAUUGCAACCCCUUCUGUACAUAGGGUCGAUAUUUGCAUUUCACACUUAUUUCAAAAGAGUGCUAUGAUGUUUGUAUAGUACUACUUGAUAACUGUCUUUGCGAGACGUGCAUUGUUCGGUGCAUAAGCUGUAAAGCAUUGCACGAAUAUAUAAUCUUUAUAAGAGUGUGUAUGACUUGAUAAUCUGUUUGUUUCACAAUGGUGUGACUUGCCUUUAUAAAAGUUUGAUGGCUGUUUAAUGUUUUCUCUGGGUUCUUAGUUGCAAAUUGUAUGAUGUCGUAUGUCAAAAUGUUUCUGCUGCCAUGUUACUUUGAAAAUAAAUAUGUGUAUAACACAAUUCUGGUU